AUGACUGCAACAGAAAAAGCUACACCAGCUGAUACAACAACUGAAGAAACUACACCAGGUGAUACAGCAACAGAUGAAACUACACCAGCUGAUACAACAACUGAGGGAACUGCAUCAGCAGAUACAAUAACUGAAGAAACUACUUCAGCGGAUACAACAACAGAAGAAACUACACAAGCUGAUACAACAACAAAUGAAGAAACUACACCAGCUGAUACAACAACAGAAGGAACUACACCAGCUGAUAAAAUAACAUAUGAAACUACAGCAACUGAUACAACAACUGAAGAAACUACACCAGCUGAUACAACAACUGAAGAAACUACACCAGCUGAUACAACAACUGAAGAAACUACACCAGCUGAUACAACAACUGAAGAAACUACACCAGCUGAUACAACAACUGAAAAAACUACACCAUCUGAUACAGCAACAGAAAAAGCUACACCAGCUGAUACAACAACUGAAGAAACUACACCAGGUGAUACAGCAACAGAUGAAACUACACCAGCUGAUACAACAACUGAGGGAACUGCAUCAGCAGAUACAAUAACUGAAGAAACUACACCAGCUGAUACAACAACAGAACAAACUACACAAGCUGAUACAACAACAAAGGAAGAAACUACACCAGUUGAUACAGCAACAUAUAAAACUAAACCAGCUGAUACAACAACAGAAGGAACUACACCAGCUGAUAAAAUAACAGAUGAAACUACAGCAACUGAUACAACAACUGAAGAAACUACACCAGCUGAUACAACAACUGAAGAAACUACACCAGCUGAUACAACAACUGAAGAAACUACACCAGCUGAUACAGCAACAGAUGAAAUUACCCAGGCUGAUAUAACAACGGAUGAAACUACACCAACAUAUACAACAACUGAAGAAACUACACCAGGUGAUACAACAACAGAAGAAACUACACCAGCUGACAAAACAACUGAAGAAACUACACUAGCUGAUACAAGAACUGAAGAAACUAGACCAGGUGAUACAACAACAGAAGAAACUACACCAGCUGACAAAACAACUGAAGAAACUACACUAGCUGAUACAAGAACUGAAGAAACUACACCAACACCAGCUGAUACAGCAACAGAAGAAACUACACCAGCUGAUACAGCAACAGAUGAAAUUACCCAGGCUGAUAUAACAACGGAUGAAACUACACCAACAGAUACAACAAUAAAAGAUACUACACCAGCUGAUGCAACAACAGAAGAAGCUACACCAGCUGAUACAACAACUAAGGGAACUACACCAGCAGAUACAUUAACUGAAGAUACUACUUUAGCAGAUACAACAGAAGAAACUACACCAGCUGAUACAACAACGGAAGAAACUACACCAGCUGAUACAGCAACAGAUGAAAUUACCCAGGCUGAUAUAACAACGGAUGAAACUAUACCAACAGAUACAACAAUAAAAGAUACUACACCAGCUGAUGCAACAACAGAAGAAACUACACCAGCUGAUACAACAAUUGAAGAAACUACUCCAUAUUACACAACAACGAAAUUGACUACACCAACUGAUACAACAACAGAAAAAACUACUCGAGCUGAUACAACGACUGAAGAAACUACUCCUGAUGAUACAACAACUGAAUUAACUACACCAACUGUUACAACAACCGAAGAAACUACAUCAGCUGACACACCAACUGAUGCAACAACUGAAGAAACUACACCAGCUGAUACAACAGCAGAAGAAACUACACCAGCAGAUACAAUAACUGAAGAUACUACUUUAGCAGAUACAACUGAAGAAAGUACGCCAGCUAAAACAACAGAAGAAACUUCAUCAGCUGACACACCAACUGAUACAACAACAGAACAAACUACACAAGCUGAUACAAAAACAAAGGAAGAAACUACACUAGUUGAUACAGCAACAUAUAAAACUAAACCAGCUGAUACAACAACAGAAGGAACUACACCAGCUGAUAAAAUAACAUAUGAAACUACAGCAACUGAUACAACAACUGAAGAAACUACACCAGCUGAUACAACAACUGAAGAAACUACACCAGCUGAUACAACAACUGAAGAAACUACACCAGCUGAUACAGCAACAGAUGAAAUUACCCAGGCUGAUAUAACAACGGAUGAAACUACACCAACAUAUACAACAACUGAAGAAACUACACCAGGUGCUGAUAUAACAACGGAUGAAACUACACCAACAGAUACAACAAUAAAAGAUACUACACCAGCUGAUACAACAACUCAAAAAACUACUCCAGCUGAUAAAACGACUGAAGAAACUACUCCUGAUGAUACAACAACUGAAUUCACUACACCAACUGUUACAACAACCGAAGAAACUACAUCAGCUGACACACCAGCUGAUGCCACAACUGAAGAUACAACAGAAGAAACUACACCAGCGGAUACAACAACGGAAGAAACUACACCAGCUGAUACAGCAACAGAUGAAAUUACCCAGGCUGAUAUAACAACGGAUGAAACUACACCAACAGAUACAACAAUAAAAGAUACUACACCAGCUGAUGCAACAACAGAAGAAACUACACCAGCUGAUACAACAACUGAAGAAACUACACCAGCUUAUACAACAACUGAGGGAACUACACCAGGAGAUACAACAACUGAAGAAACUACACCAGCAGAUACAACAACUGAAGAAACUACAGCAACUGAUACAAAAACUACACUAGCUGAUACAAGAACUGAAGAAACUACACCAGGUGUUACAACAACAGAAGAAACUACACCAACAGAUACAACAAUAAAAGAUACUACACCAGCUGAUACAACAACUCAAAAAACUACUCCAGCUGAUACAACGACUGAAGAAACUACUCCUGAUGAUACAACAACUGAAUUCACUACACCAACUGUUACAACAACCGAAGAAACUACAUCAGCUGACACACCAGCUGAUGCCACAACUGAAGUAACAACACCAGCUGAUACAACAACAAAAGAAACUACACCAGCUGAUACAACAACUGAAGAAACUACACCAGCAGAUACAACAACUGAAGAAACUACAGCAUCUCAUACAGCAACUGAAGAAACUACACAAGCUUAUACAACAACUGAGGGAACUACACCAGCUGAUACAACGACUGAAGAAACUAAACCAGCAGAUACAACAGAAGAAACUACACCAGCGGAUACAACAACGGAAGAAACUACACCAGCUGAUACAGCAACAGAUGAAAUUACCCAGGCUGAUAUAACAACGGAUGAAACUACACCAACAGAUACAACAAUGAAAGAUACUACACCAGCUGAUGCAACAACAGAAGAAACUACACCAGCUGAUACAACAACUGAAGAAACUACACCAUAUUACACAACAAAGAAAUUGACUACACCAGCUGAUACAACAACAGAAAAAACUACUCCAGCUGAUACAACGACUGAAGAAACUACUCCUGAUGAUACAACAACUGAAUUAACUUCACCAACUGUUACAACAACCGAAGAAACUACAUCAGCUGACACACCAACUGAUGCAACAACUGAAGAAACUACACCAGCUGAUACAACAACAAAAGAAACUACACUAGCUGAUACAACAAACUACAUCAGCUGA